AUGCCCAUCCACCACCGUCGCCUCCUUACAGCCUUUGCUCUCUCCUCGCCGUUAUACCUAUUCCUCAACUCAAAUUCUCACCGUGAUGACCCCCUCCGACCACCCAUCUCAGCCCUGCUACGCUCUUACGUGGUCUACUCGAUGUGUUCCAUUCCUGCACUCGUAGAUGCGUCGCCAAGGAUCUUAGACACGUUCAAUGCUGUUCCUGGACUUAGAGAAGCCGCCCAUGCGUUUGUUAGAGUCACUUUCUUCAAUCAGUUCGUGGGCGGGGACACGGCGGCAGGCACUCUUCCCAUUCUACGCGCAUUGCGUAACGCCAAUAAAGGCGUCUUGCUAAAUUACGCUGUGGAAGUCGACGAGACUCACCCCACGACCUCGCCGCAUAAACGUUUAGUGAAUGAGAUGAUCACAGCUAUCGAUGCCGCUGCCGAUUUUGAGGACUCUCUUCAGCCUGAUCUGGGGUUGACCACCCGGCCACAGAUGGGGAGGCGGACGUGGGUCGCUGUGAAGAUGACCGCUUUGUUGCCGAAUGCACAUGCACUUAUCAAUUUGUCAGAGUACAUUACCAACGCACGGCUACGCCUGCAGAAAGAUACCCCGGAGGCGGGCAUCCCAUUUCCCGGGUGUCCGAGAUCAGGAGAUUUGGAUGUGGUGCUCUCGCCUUUUCCGGGAGUGGGGCUAGAACCGGAGGACGUGCGGGAACUCAAGGAGCUUCACGAUGAUCUAGUCAGGAUAUGUACGAGGGCGGAGGAGAGGGGUGUGAGGGUGCAGAUUGAUGCUGAGUAUAGUUGGUACCAGCCGGCCAUCGAUGCCCUGACGUUGUCUCUUAUGCGUCGGUUCAACGCUAUUGAUACGGAGAAGACGAGUCCACAGCAGCCGCUUGUGUAUGGCACUUUCCAGGCUUAUCUUCGGAGAACUCCUGCCCACGUCAAACUUGCACUUGCGGACGCACGCAAGCAUAACUACGCACUGGGCGUAAAGCUCGUACGUGGGGCGUAUCAUCCUUGCGAGGUCGACGCAUUUUACAAGAAAAAAUCGAACGGCAGCAAAACCUUGAACGGCAGCACCUUGACGUCUCGAUCUCUGUCAAUAUCUCCCGACCUCGUGCCACCAGUGUGGAGCGAGAAGAAGGAGACGGACGAUGCGUAUAAUGAAUGUGUACGAGUCCUCGUUGGAGCCGUUAGAGACGAUAUUUCCCGCUCUCGGGCUGGUGCUCGGUGUAUCGAAGGGAAAGGGUGGCUGAAGUCGUUGUGGCCUCGGGACCCAACAAAACCUUCAACAAAGAGGGCGAACAUUGGUGUUCUAUUUGGGACCCAUAAUUGGGACAGCUGUCGGUUAGUUUUGGACGAGCUUGUUGAUGCUGGACUGGCUACUCGGCGGGAAGAGGGAGGGGUUGCGAGCUUGGAAGAAGAGGUUGUUGAUAGGGUUGCUGUUGCGCAGCUUUAUGUCAGACGGACAGAGUCGAGGACGCCGUUUGUUGUCAAGUAUCUGCCCUAUGGUGCGCUUGCUGAGCCGCCGGGCAACUGA